CGUCCUGCGCCUUUUCUCCUGCCCGGCGCUUUCGUUUCUCCAGCACAGAGUCUGUCGAGGCGCUCAGGGACUUCGCGGACCGCGCCCCUCAGGCCGCCUUGGGACGCAGCGGAGCCUCGCAGGGAGCGCUGCCCGGACGCCGGCGCCUGCGUGCAGCGAUCCUGUCAUCCCCUGAGCCUCCGCCUCGCCGCGCGUACAGCCGGCACCUAACUUGCUGACUGGUGGCAGCUUGUGUUGAACCCCGGCCUGUGCCCGGAGAUAGCCCAGGGAUGUCUCAGUGGUACGAGCUUCAGCAGCUGGACUCCAAGUUCCUGGAGCAAGUCCACCAGCUGUAUGAUGACAGCUUUCCCAUGGAGAUCAGACAGUACCUGGCCCAGUGGCUAGAGAAGCAAGACUGGGAGCAUGCAGCCUGUGACGUCUCAUUUGCCACCAUCCGCUUCCAUGACCUCCUCUCUCAGCUGGAUGAUCAGUACAGCCGCUUUUCUCUGGAGAAUAACUUCUUGUUGCAGCACAACAUAAGGAAAAGCAAGCGUAAUCUUCAGGAUAACUUCCAAGAAGAUCCUGUGCAGAUGUCCAUGAUAAUCUGUAACUGUCUGAAGGAAGAGAGGAAGAUUUUGGAAAAUGCACAAAGAUUUAAUCAGGCACAGGAGGGGAAUAUUCAGAACACUGUGAUGCUAGAUAAGCAGAAGGAGCUGGACUGUAAAGUCAGAAAUGUGAAGGACCAAGUCAUGUGCAUAGAGCAGGAAAUCAAGACCCUAGAAGAUUUACAAGAUGAAUAUGACUUUAAAUGCAAAACCUCACAGAACAGAGAAAGUGAAGCCAAUGGUGUGGCGAAGAAUGACCAAAAGCAGGAACAGCUGCUGCUCCAUAAGAUGUUUUUAAUGCUUGACAAUAAGAGAAAGGAGAUAAUUCACAAAAUAAGAGAGUUGUUGAAUGCCAUCGAGCUCACUCAGAAUACCCUGAUCAAUGAUGAGUUAGUGGAGUGGAAGCGAAGACAGCAGAGUGCCUGUAUCGGGGGACCGCCCAACGCCUGCCUCGAUCAGCUGCAAAGCUGGUUCACCAUUGUUGCAGAGAGUCUGCAGCAGGUUCGUCAGCAGCUUAAAAAGCUGGAGGAGCUGGAGCAGAAAUUCACCUAUGAACAGGAUCCUGUAACAAAAAACAAGCAGGUGUUAUGGGAUCGCUGCUUCGUCCUCUUCCAGCAGCUCAUUCAGAGCUCCUUCGUGGUAGAACGACAGCCAUGCAUGCCAACUCAUCCUCAGAGACCACUGGUCUUGAAGACUGGGGUACAGUUCACUGUGAAGUUGAGACUGUUGGUGAAAUUGCAAGAGCUGAAUUAUAAUCUGAAAGUGAAAGUUUCAUUUGAUAAAGAUGUAAACGAGAAAAACACAGUGAAAGGAUUUCGGAAGUUCAACAUUUUGGGUACGCACACAAAAGUGAUGAACAUGGAAGAGUCUACCAACGGAAGUUUGGCAGCUGAGUUCCGACACCUGCAACUGAAGGAACAGAAGAACGCUGGCAACAGAACUAAUGAGGGGCCUCUCAUUGUCACUGAGGAACUUCACUCUCUUAGCUUUGAAACCCAGUUGUGCCAGCCAGGCCUGGUAAUUGACCUUGAGACAACCUCUCUGCCUGUCGUGGUGAUCUCCAAUGUUAGCCAGCUCCCCAGUGGCUGGGCUUCUAUCCUGUGGUACAACAUGCUGGUGACAGAGCCCAGGAAUCUCUCCUUCUUCCUGAACCCGCCAUGUGCGAGGUGGUCCCAGCUCUCAGAGGUGCUGAGCUGGCAGUUUUCAUCAGUCACCAAGAGAGGUCUCAACGCAGACCAGCUGAGCAUGCUGGGAGAGAAGCUUCUGGGUCCCAGUGCUAGCCCUGACGGUCUUAUUCCAUGGACGAGGUUUUGUAAGGAAAAUAUUAAUGAUAAAAACUUUUCCUUCUGGCCUUGGAUUGACACCAUCCUAGAACUGAUUAAGAAGCACCUGCUCUGCCUCUGGAAUGAUGGGUGCAUCAUGGGCUUUAUCAGCAAGGAGCGAGAACGUGCUCUGCUCAAGGACCAGCAGCCGGGGACCUUCCUGCUUCGGUUCAGCGAGAGCUCCCGGGAAGGAGCCAUCACGUUCACGUGGGUGGAGCGGUCUCAAAACGGAGGUGAACCUGACUUCCACGCCGUUGAACCCUACACGAAGAAAGAACUUUCAGCUGUUACUUUCCCAGAUAUUAUUCGCAAUUACAAAGUCAUGGCUGCUGAGAACAUACCAGAGAAUCCCCUGAAGUAUCUGUAUCCCAAUAUUGACAAAGACCACGCCUUUGGAAAAUAUUACUCCAGGCCAAAGGAAGCACCAGAGCCCAUGGAGCUCGACGACCCUAAGCGAACUGGAUACAUCAAGACUGAGUUGAUAUCUGUGUCUGAAGUCCAUCCUUCCAGACUUCAGACCACAGACAACCUGCUUCCCAUGUCUCCAGAGGAGUUCGAUGAGAUGUCCCGGAUAGUGGGCUCCGAAUUUGACAGUAUGAAAAUCGCCUGGCCAUCACCACUGGCACUGUUGAUGGGGUCACUUACAGGGCACUUCCUGUGCACCAGGCAGGCUCUGUUGGCACCUACUGAGGCGAAGGCAGCAUUGGGUGAGGAGCCUGUGACUGGAAUUUGGCAUGCAGAGUUCCAGCUGUCAUCACCAUUGUUCUCUGUGACCUGGAAAAACGAAGCUGCCAGUUCCUCCGUUUGUGCAGAGAGCACUGCUCUAAUAUGCUGGAAGAUGAGCGCAGUAUAAACACGAAUUUCUGUCUUCUCUGGCGACAUUUUUUCUUCUCAUCUGUGAUUCCUUCCUGCUCCUGUUCCUUCAUGCUGUAUUUCUAGGGAAAUGCAAGAAAGCACAACACACUCAUUGAUAGCAAGUGGCUCUCUAAAUAGAAACCCGUUACUCUGAAGGACUUCAAGCAUCUUACUGAAGGUGAAACAGAAAGUCACUUAUGCAAACUGAAUUUUGUAAACAAAAAAACCAGAGAUCCACCCAAGGCAUGAGAACUAGAAUUGUCAUUCUAGUGUUUUGGGAAAGGUAGGAGUAUAGUUACUUCUAGUAAAUGCUGUAUAGUCAGUGGCCGAGUGCUACACAUCACUGGAAAGAGGCACAGUUAUGUGGGACCUUGUUGAUGUAGGACUCUUUCUGUCCUGGAAGAUAUUGGCUGAUAUUGGCAUAUUGACAUGUCCCCUCUCCUUUAUGGCUGGAAGUCUUCCACUGUUUUACCCACGGCAAAGUUUAAAGUCAGCUUUACACACAGAUGCAUACAUAGUGGACUAGAUAUCUAGUGGACUCUAGUGGACACCCUUCAUCUGGAUGGGAGGAAACAGUUGUGUUCCUUAUUACCUCUUCUGCAUUGGCCAUGUAAAACUAAAAGCACAGUUGCUCUCUUCAGAGACUUAGCUUUCUUGUCAGUUAUGGAUAAAUGAAACUAAACACCAGUAGAAGAAAGAACAUUUUUCAAAUAUUUCACAAGUAGUUUCUGUUUGGUCUAUAUUCCACCAAGCUAAAUGUUUUUUGCUGUCAUUUUGGUCACUGGUUGAAUAAAAUUAUCUUUGCACAUCCA